AUGGCAUGUAAGAUUGACAUCCGUAAAGCAUUUGAUACGAUGAGUUGGGAUUUUAUCUUGCAAGUGCUUAGGUUGAAUGGUUAUCAUGAGAGAUUUAUUCGGUGGAUUUCGGUCAUUUUUAGUUCGGCUCGUAUCUCCAUUCUUUACAAUGGUCAGCUUAGUAGUUACUUUGCCUGUUCCUGUGGUGUGAGGCAAGGGGAUCCUCUUUCUCCUAUUCUUUUUGGUAUUGCCGAGGAUGUGCUUAGUCACCUUUUCCUGAACUGUGUGCAGUCGAGACAUCUUGUUCCCAUGGAUUUUAGCCGCUCGAUGCAUUUUCCUACUCAUUUUCUUUAUGCCGAUGAUAUUCUGCUCUUCUGCAAAGCCUCUAUUAAGAAUGCUCGUAAAAUCAAGGAGAUUUUGGAUUUGUAUGGUGAGCUCUCGGGGCAAAUUUGCAGCCCGGUUAAGUCUCGUAUUUUUUUCGCUGACAGAGUUUCGCCGGCUCUGAAAAACGAUAUUCUGCGCAGUUUGGGGUUCUCUAUGGGUGGGCUUCCGGUUACUUAUCUCUGCGUUCUCCUUUUUGUUGGUCGAAUCAAAGCUUCUUAUUUUGCUGCUAUUCACGAUCGGAUUAUUCAGAAGUUUGCUCGCUGGAAGGGGAUUCAGCAUUCGAUGGUUGGUCGCAUCUGCUUGGUUCGUUCUGUUAUUCAGAGCUCGGUCACUCACUCUAUGAUGAUUUACAGAUGGCCGAAAUCCCUAAUUUAUAGCCUGGAUCGUUGUUGUCGUAAUUUUAUUUGGACCGGCUGCAUUGAUACGAAGCCGUCCUGUUCUGUCAGUUGGUUGCGUGUGUGCAGCUCACGUGUGGAGGUAGGUUUAGGAGUGCGUUCUUUUUCUGCUAUGAAUAACAGUUUUUUGAUGAAGUUGGCUUGGCGCAUGGUACAGGGCACGGAUUUUAUGGCUGAGAUUUUGAGCACGCGGUAUCUCAACUCUUUUGGUUAUGCUAAACAUAAUCUUGGGUCGUCUUCUGUGUGGACGAGUGUUCGUGAUCAUGUGAAUCAAUUGGUUGAUGAUUCCUAUUCAUAUAUUGGUUCUGGAGCUAACACGCAAUUCUGGUGUGAUGAUUGGCUUAGGUAUAGACUGACGGACAAGCUGCAGGUGCUUCACUUCAUGCAUGAUUUUUUGAAGCAAGCAGUGGAUGAUUAUUUUUUUGAUGGGAUAUGGCACUUUACUCCUGAUUUUAUUAUUACCUAUCCUGAUAUUGUUAUUGAUAUUUUAUUGCUCCCUGUGGGUAGUGAAGCGGAUACACGGUAUUGGAAGCAUUCGGUGAGUGGUGUUGUGACGGCUGCCACGGCCUAUGCGCGUAUUAGUCAAGACUUUCCUAAAGUUUUGUGGGGGAAGUGGAUUUGGGAGCGCUUUAUUCCUGACCGGUGUUCGAUUGUGUGUUGGCGUAUUAUACAUCAGCAUUUGCCGACAUUUGAUGGCCUUAUUCGUCGGGGUCUGCAUGGUCCCAACCGCUGCGUGCUUUGUGGACAUGCGGAGGAAUCUAUCAAUCAUCUUUUCUGGGAUUGUGAUGUCAUUAAACCUAUGUGGGCUGAGUUGUUGGCGGUUAUUCAUGCAAUCUUGAUUGCUCAUAAUCGUGGUUGGUUUUUGCUUUGGAUCGAAGCUGAUUCUGAGUAUGUGGUUCGGCUUCUUAAUUCGAGAGGUGUGGAUGUUCCUUGGCGGUUUGUUGCUCUCUGGAAGCACGUGCUUGCUAAGCUGUCGGACUUCCGUUUGCAGGUGUCGCAUAUUUUUCGUGAGGGAAAUAGAGCUGCGGAUAUUAUGGCUAAUCAGGAUCGUGUUGUGGGCUGGUCGCCAUAUGUGAUUGAGGAGGUUAAGACAACGAGAUGGGUCCACGUGUAUCAGAACAGAGCCUUCGGAAGUCUGAGGACAGAGCAGAGCUGGGCUUCAGCUCUGGACUUUCCAGAGCUGAUUGGUCAGAGCAGAGCCGUUUGCCAGAGUAGAGCUGGUUCGCCAAAGCAGAGCCGUUUUGCCAGAGCAGACAGAGCCGUUUGCCAGAGCAGAGCCGUUUCGCCAGAGCAGAGCAGACCGUUUCGCCAGAGCAGAAGCUGGAUGUUUAGUGCGGAGAAGUUUUCCUUGCCAGAGCAGAGCCGUUCCAGAGCUGAGCUCCUGGUUCUAUGCAGAGUCAGCGUAGAGCACAGAGCUCUUGCUGCGUUUUUAGCUUCUGAUCGGCAGUGGGGGUGUUGA